AUGGCCUACAGCAUGGUUCAGGCGGUCACCGACUACAGAGCGAUAUUCCCUAGCGCGAGACCAACCGUUAACCGCCCCACGCGAGAUCUAUUGUUCGAGGAGGGGGAAGAGUCCAAAACACCACGAAUUCUUCCCGAAGCUCGCAGGCGUGCAGAUGACAUUCGGAGAAGUCGUCUUAUUGUACGGCUUGAGCCUCCGAAUUGGCCGACCGAUGGAGCUUCUAGCGGAGCUGAUAGCUUAGACAACGCCUGUAGCAUCUGGGAAAGCAUACUUAGUAGGACCACUUACACGAGGAAGUGGUUCUCAGUUAUUUCCCGGAAAGCUGAGAGGUUACGCGGGCAAACGAGGCUGGCAAUGCUCAAGCUGAGGUCUGUCUCAUGUGCCUUCUCGAGGGUCAUUCCUUGCCCUGUCUACUAUCGGUUGCCGAUCCUUUCGGACAUCGCUAUUACACUACGCAUGUACGGAGCCCUGUAUGUAUGUAGUGCACGCUAG